UGGCUGUGCAGAACGGCACCGCAAGCAGGGCUUAGAAUAAUUGCAAUGUAGUUACUUGUGGAGUAACGCAACAGCACCAGAAACAAAAUGUAGGUAAGUUUCUCGUAUGUUUCAGAAAGGAUUAGCUGCUUAGAACUCUGAGAAAUGAUCCAGAGUCACUGGUGGCAAGCAGGCAUCAGCCAGGAGGGGUUGGAUCAGCAAACUGUCUUUGUGUUGCUGUGUUGCAUGUUGCUGCGUUGCAUUGUGCCACCAUGCUCCAGCAACCUGACAACCUGCUUUGUCAGGGGGGUUGGACUUGAUGAUCUCUGGAGGUCCCUUCCAACCCCUACAAUUCUGUGUGUGAUUCUGUGUGUGAACUCUCUGGUUAUUUGCCUUUUUUUUCCUUUUCCAUUGAAUUAUUGCAAACCUUUAUGAAGCCUUGGGCACUAAGCAGUUUGGAUACAAUUUAAAAAAAGAAAUCCUAAGGUGAACAUUAGAGAAACUGUUCCUGCAUAAUUUUCAGAUACGUAGAGGUCAUGUUGGGCUUCAAAGCAAGCCAGUAUGUGUUGGCCCAGUGUCAUCCAGGCCCUUAUUGUGGUUACAGAAGUUGGGAGGGACACUGAGUGGAGUUGUUGGAGAAGCAGCUGUGCCAGAAUCAUAGGAAUGCUUUCACGUCCUCUGCUUCUGUAUUUAACCUCCAUGUCCAGCCCCCAAACCUAUGGUGGUCUCCCUGCUUGAAGGAGAGGAAGACCCCUGGGACCCAGAUGUGCAUGGCCUGGAGGACAUGGCAGGAGAUCUCAGCCCAGGACAUGGAAUCACAGCUGUUCAGGAGGGUGUACAGAAUUGUGAUGUGACUGAAAGGCAGCGUGGAAGUGUCUUGGUGGAAGAAAUCAGAAAGGAUAUCCAAGGGGAUCUGAAACAAGUAGAGCACCUCAAGAAGCAACAGGGAAACCCUCCAGGAGAGACUGUGAGGAAUCUCCUGGACUGCAGCACUGGUCAAAAACAGCCUGAAGAUGCAAGGAGUAAGGAAGUGUGCCAGGAGAAAAGGCAGAACCCAAGUGCUGAGUGUGGAAAAAGCCUGAAAAGGAAUUCCAGCCUUGUUAACUACUGUUGUGUACGCUCAAUGAAGAGAUUGUACAAGUGUUCAGAUUGUACAAAAAGCUUCAAAUGGAAAUCCCACCUCGCCUUCCAUCAGCGCAUCCACAGAGGAGAGAGAUCCUUUGGGUGUUCUGAGUGUCCAAAAAGCUUCAAGAACAGUUUCCCCCUCACCUGCCACCAGUGCAUCCACACAGAGGAGAGACCCUUUAAGUGCCUUGAUUGUCCAAGGAGCUUUGAAACCAAUUCCCACCUCACUGGCCACCGGUGCAUACACAGAGGAGAGAGACACAUAAAGUACUGCGAGUGUGGGAAGGGCUUCAAAUACAGCUCUGUACUGCAGUGCCACCAGCGCAUCCACACAGGAGAGAGACCCUUCAAGUGUCCUGAGUGUCCAAAGAGCUUCAAAAACAGUUUCCACCUCACCUGCCAUCAGCGCAUCCACACAGAGGAGAGAGAGGAGAGACCCUUUAAGUGCCCUGAUUGUCCAAGGAGCUUUAAAACCAAUUCCCAUCUCUCUGGCCACCAGCGCCUCCACAAAAGAGAGAGAACCAUUAAGUACUGUGAGUGUGGGAAGGGCUUCAAAUACAGCUCUGUACUGCAGUGCCACCAGCGCAUCCACACAGUAGGGAGACCCUUCAAGUGUCCUGAGUGUCCAAAGAGCUUCAAAAACAGUUUCCACCUCACCUGCCAUCAGCACAUCCACACAGGAGAGAGACCCUUCAAGUGUUGUGAGUGUGGGAAGCAUUUCAAGUACAGUUUUGCACUGAAGCGUCACCAGCUAUGGGUCUCCAUGGGUCUCAAUGGGGCAGUUAUGGGUCUCUAUGGGGCAGCCAUGGGUCUCUGUGGGGCAGUUAUGGGUCCCUGUGGGUUUCUAUGGGUCUCUAUGGGGCAGCUAUGGGUCUCUGUGGGGCAGCUAUGGGUCUCUAUGGGUCCUUAUGGGGUAGUUAUGGGGUAGUUAUGC